CUAAUGAUUUCCGAACGCAAGUGAUCGUCGCCAUGACAGCGUUUCAAAUAAAUGUCAAUCAACGAAUCUUAAACAUUUUCCUUAUUCGAAAUACGUUUUGUUUUGUUUUUAAUAAUGUCGGAUAAACGCAAAACAUUCGCGUUACCUAUAUCAAAGCCAGUUAAAUCAACUCAAGUACCGUCUUCCGUACGUAAAACUAUCAGUACGACUAAGAAGAGAAAUGUACCAAGACUUAAUACGACGUUGUGUACCAAACUAAACCUAGCAGAUGUAACUAUUUGUAAGGCUGAUGAUUUACAAGAUUACGAAGAACAAUAUCGUCAAAUAGCUUACGGCAAAUUUAUGCGUAAAAUGCUAGAAGAAUGUUUAGUGCGUGAGAAAUUUGAACGAGAAGAAACUGAGGUAGAUGUUCAAAUGUGUCAAUUGGCUGAACGGUUUAACAAAACAACGGAUCAAUUGGAUAAAACAAGCAGAAGAUUAAAGGAAAUAUCAUUUAUAGUUGAACAAAAAAGAUUAGCUGAUUUAAAAUCAAACGACUACACACAAUUCCAUGAAAUGUCUCAGAAAUCAAACACUGAAGAGUUGUUACAAAACUUGGCGAGCACAGAACAAGCAUUACUUGAUAAAUUGGAAACGAAAAAUGUCGAUUUCGGUUACAACAAGGAAACUGGACAUAAACAACUGUUGGAUGCGGUUACGGAUGCGAUCGAUGGAUUGGCAGAGAUAAAGAAACAUUCAAACUUGGAUGUUAACAAGUUUAAAGAAUACGAAAAGACGCAAAGUACAUUAAAUAAAUUGGAACGGGAGAAGUUCGAUCUGGAAAGCAUGAGGUUACAGUUUGAAAAGCGGUUUCCUAAUUUCAACGAGAGUUUAAUAAAAGACGCUUCUGAGAGAAUCUCUCAGUUGUUAGAUAACAAUGAUAGUGAUGAGUGAUUUAUGGAAGUGGUUCUUAUAUUCUUUUAAACACAUUU